UGUUAAAAUAGGAAUAACAAAAUUGACAUAGUGAGCUGUCAUUUUCUGUCUAUCGAACGAUUCAUCACAGUUGAUUUUCUAAAACAAUAGUGUAAUUGGUAAAUACACAACAAAAAGAUGUUUCGGGUGAAUGUUUUUGAUAAAUUUCUCGAUAAAGCAACUAGUAAUCUACGCCUGGAGCCCGAUUGGCCAACAAUAUUGCAAAUUUGCGACUUAAUUAGACAAAAUGAUUGUUCCCCUAAAUAUGCAGUUGCUGCUGUCAAAAAGAAACUUUACUCCCAGAAUCCUCACCAAGCUAUGUUUGCUCUCCUCACAUUAGAGAGCAUUGUAAAAAAUUGUGGAGCUGGAGUGCAUGAUGAAGUGACAUCAAAAGCAUUUUGUGAAAUGCUCAGAGACUUGGUGAAGUCAACUCAACAUGAAAACCUCCGCAAUAAAAUUUUAGAACUCAUACAAGCUUGGGCAUUUGCAUUCCGGAACUCACCAAAAUACAGAGCUGUGCAGGACACAGUGAACAUUCUCAAAGCGGAAGGAUACAAGUUCCCAGUGCUAAAGGAAUCUGAUGCAAUGUUUGCUGCAGAUACUGCACCGGAAUGGGCCGAUGGGGAAGUCUGUCACAGGUGCCGAGCUCUUUUCACGUUAAUAAUACGACGACAUCAUUGCCGAGCUUGUGGUCAGGUGUUUUGUCAGCAAUGUAGCUCAAAAACAUCCACCCUGCCUAAGUUUGGUAUUGAAAAAGAGGUUCGAGUAUGUGAUGGAUGUUAUGAUAAAGUGAGUCGUCCUCCAUCUGCCACUAUCAAGCCUAAAGCACCGCCUACUGAAUCCACUAGUGCUACUCCAAAUCAGCCACAUGAAAAAACUAAAGAAGAGUUGCAAGAGGAGGAGGAAUUGCAGCUGGCAAUUGCUUUGAGUCAAUCUGAAGCUGAACAGAAGGAGAAAGAACGAAGAUCUCGCUCCCUUGUGGCACCCGAAACAUCUUUGCAUCCCACUAUAUCACCGAGCGUGUCGUCGGUGAGCGCGUCGCCGGAACAGAGCGCGGCGGGCAGCUCGGAGCUGGCGCGCUACCUGGACCGCGGCUACUGGGAGCAGCGGCUGGCGCGCGACGGCGCCGCGCCCGCGCCCACCGCGCCCUCCUCGCACGCCUCGCACGCCUCCCACGACGCCAGCGAGCCGGAAUUUUCAAAGCCAUCUACGAACAAAGCCCAAGAAGACGAUGCCGGAGACAAGGAGAUUGAUGAAUUUGUCGAAUCCCUCAAGUCUCAGGUUGAGAUAUUUGUUAACAGGAUGAAGAGUAAUUCUUCUCGAGGUCGGUCUAUCGCCAACGACACGUCGGUGCAGACGUUGUUCAUGAACAUCACGGCGAUGCACUCGCGGCUGCUGCGCUACAUACAGCAGCAGGACGACAAGCGCGUCUACUUGGAGAGUCUGCAGGAUAAGGUGACGCAGGUGCGCGACAGCCGCGCGGCGCUGGACACGCUGCGCGCGGAGCACUCGGCGCGCCUGGCCGCCGCCGCGGAGGCCGCGGAGCGCCAGCGCCAGCUGCAGAUGGCCGCCAAGCUGCACGCCAUGCGCAAGAAGAAGCACGAGUACCUGCAGUACCAGCGGCAGCUCGCACUGCAGAGAGUACAGGAACAAGAACGAGAAAUGCAGCUUAGACAGGAGCAGCAGAAGCACCAGUACAUGAUGUCUGCGAACAGCUACUACAUGCCAGGUGUAUCCAUGCAUCACUACCAGCCGAAUUUCCCCAACCAGUCGCAAAUGCCCAUGUCGAGUCAAAUGAUGCAAGGGCAGGCUUUAGCGCAGAGCCAAGCGGCUAUCAGCCAAAACCAAAAUGUACUCCCUACCGUACCACAAGUGACCCAAGGUGCUACUCAGAUACCGCAACCUCAACAAAGCCAAUACACCCAAGGUCAUAUAUCUAUGCAAGGUCAACCCGGCCAGCAGAUGAUGAUGCAAGGACAGCAGUUGAACAUUCCACAACAAAACCAACAUAGCUUAAGUCAGGGGCAACAGAUGCCACAAAACCAAAUGCAACAAGUACAGGGUCAGCAAAUGAUGCAGGCGCAUCAAAUGAAUCAACAAAUGAUGCCCAAUAAUUUACCCCAGCAAAUGCAAAUGCAACCACAGAUGGGGCAAAUCCCUGGCCAACAAAUACAAUCACAAGGUCAACAGAUGCCUCAGGGACAGCAGAUGCCCAAUCAAGGGCAACAAAUGCUACCACAGGGACAACAAAUGCUUCCACAGGGACAACAGAUGUCACCUCAAGGCCAGCAGAUGUCAUCUCAAGGACAACAAAUGGCUGCUCAAGGGCAACAGAUGCCAUCCCAAGGACAACAAAUGGCAGCUCAAGGGCAACAGAUGCCAUCUCAAGGUCAACAAAUGCCACCUCAAGGGCAACUACCACAAGGUCAACAAAUUCCCCAAAAUUUUCAAGGUCAACCUAUGAAGAUGCAACAACAAAACUUUACCAAUGGUCCACAACCCCAACAACAAAAUCCUAAUCAGCAGGCGCAAACCUCAAACAAAUCCGAGCAUAACAACAACACUGCAGAGUUAAUUAGUUUUGACUGAACAAAAAGCUUUUAGUUAAUAUGGAGAGAUAAUAUAUUUAUAUCAAUGACUGGGAUCGUAAUAGUUAUUUGGAUAAUUGAGAAUGUUUACGUGAUAUGUACUCAAUAAAAUAAGAAACUUUUAGAAAUGUGAUAAGUUGAAGAUAAAGCCAAAAUACAGCUGUAUGGACCAUUUGUUUAACGUAAUAACCACUAAAUAUGACAGAUCCCGUUCAGAGCAUACCAAUAUGAGAAAGUUAUUUAAUGCUACUGUUUUAGGUUUAUAAAGACGAGCACAGUUGUUAUGGACAUAAUAAUAUAACUACGUUCUUGUAUCAAAGCACCAUUUAAUUACCAGGUCUGGUAGAGGCCAGUUUUUAAUCAGAAUAAAUAUAUGUUCAUUUGUUAAAGUAAUUUAAAGAAAUUGACGGUUUUAAGAUUUAUUCAGGCUUACUAUAUUUAGAGUUAGAACUACUGCAUUGUAAUGUUAAAUUUUAUCAUCACAGAAUUUUAUUCACUUCAAGUUUAAUAUUCAGGUAGUGUCCUAGGUUUUAAUGAUGGCCUUGUAAUCUAUGUAAAUGUGCAAACGUGUAUAAAUACGUCAGUCGUAGUUAUCUAGAUAUUAUAUUAAAAAAAAUAAUAGAAAUUAAAAAUUAUUUCCUUUUGU